AGCCCUGUUUCACAAUGUUUUCGAUUAAUUGCAUGUUGAUAACAGUUUAUGUUUCAUAACUGCUGGACACGUUUUCCAUAAGAUACAUUCUCAGUUUUUUAUUUGCAUUGUGAUAGCCGGCCGAUUGCAUUCAGUUCUAAAAUGCCGAUCAAAAGUAUCAAAGCUCGUCAAAUUUUCGACUCUAGGGGUAAUCCUACUGUCGAAGUCGAUUUAGUGACCGAAUUAGGAUUAUUUAGAGCAGCGGUUCCUUCGGGUGCUUCCACAGGGGCCUAUGAGGCUCUUGAAUUACGCGAUAAUGAUAAGACACAAUAUAUGGGAAAAGGAGUAUCCAAAGCAUUGCACAAUAUUAAUCAAUUGAUUGCCCCCGAGUUAAUUAAACAAUCUUUUGAGGUUACUCAACAGGAAGAGAUCGACAAAUUUAUGUUGAAACUGGAUGGUACUGAGAACAAAUCUAAAUUUGGAGCCAAUGCUAUAUUAGGAGUUUCAUUAGCUGUGUGCAAAGCUGGUGCUGCUAAAAAGGGUGUUCCUCUGUAUCAACAUAUUGCAGAUUUGGCUGGAAAUAAAAAAAUUGUGCUUCCUGUCCCAGCUUUCAAUGUUAUCAAUGGCGGUAGUCAUGCUGGAAAUAAACUUGCUAUGCAAGAAUUCAUGAUUCUACCUACUGGUGCUACAUCUUUUACUGAAGCUAUGAAAAUGGGUUCAGAAGUCUAUCAUAACUUGAAAAAAGUAAUUCACAAAAAGUUUGGUCUCGAUGCUACAGCAGUUGGAGAUGAAGGUGGAUUUGCACCUAACAUUCUGAAUAAUAAAGAAGCUUUGCAUCUUAUUCAAGAAGCUAUCCAGUCUGCUGGUUAUACUGGAAAGAUUGAUAUUGGAAUGGACGUUGCUGCAUCUGAGUUCCACAAAAAUGGAAAAUAUGAUCUAGAUUUCAAGAACCCUCAAUCAAAGCCCUCAGAUUAUCUAUCAGUGGAAAAAUUAACUGACCUUUAUAAAGAAUAUAUCAAAGAAUUCCCAAUUGUAUCAAUAGAAGAUCCUUUCGAUCAAGAUCAUUGGGAUGCUUGGACUGGAUUAACUGCAGCUACUAAAGUGCAAAUUGUUGGUGAUGAUUUAACGGUGACCAAUCCAAAACGCAUUCAAACUGCUAUUGAUAAAAAAUCUUGUAACUGUUUGCUUCUAAAAGUAAACCAGAUAGGUUCGGUAACUGAAUCUAUUCAAGCCCAUUUACUUGCUAAGAAAAAUGGUUGGGGCACCAUGGUAUCCCACAGAUCUGGUGAGACUGAAGACACAUUUAUUGCUGAUUUAGUUGUUGGCUUGAGCACAGGGCAAAUUAAGACUGGAGCACCUUGCAGAUCCGAACGCUUGGCAAAAUAUAACCAAAUCCUCCGUAUUGAAGAGGAACUUGGAACCAAUGCUCUAUAUGCUGGAAAAAAAUUCCGCAAACCCGAGUAAAACUUUGAAAUUAUUGUU